CCUCCACCCUGCAGACACCCUGUUGGCUGUCAACCGAAGAAAUGUCUGACAACCAAGGAGACAAGGGAGCCGCUGGCUCUGCUGCUCUCCCUCCUCCUCCACCUCCUCCUCCGCCCGAAGAUCCAACCUCGAAAGUCUCCCCGUUCGUCAUGAAGCUGAGGUCUGCUCCUCCUGGCUAUUUCUUCCAACCCGAAAGGCCACCACCUUAUGUAGAUCCAUUUGCCGCGCCCACCGGCCCUUAUUUCUUCUACGGCACCCUGUCUGAUCCCGCUAUGCUCCGCGAUGUCCUUGGCUUGGAAACCAAGCCACAGCUUCGACCCGCCUCCAUUACAGGCUACGAAUGCAAGCUAUGGGGCCAGUAUCCAGCGCUCCUAGAUGCCCCAGGAAAGGUUGUUUAUGGGGCUGUCUAUAAUGUCAUGACAGAAGAGCAUGGCCAGAGGCUUGCUAGCUAUGAAACAGAUAACUAUCGGGCCGAUCCGUGUCGCAUUAACUAUACUGACGGGAAUGAGCCCGUGGAUGACUUUGGUUAUGUUUUUAAAUUUGUCGGCAAUUUCAGAGACUUGAGUGACGGCACCUUUGAUCUGGGGACUUGGCUAAGGAGGGUGAAGAGGGUAGCUGAGGACUCACCAGAUGUUAAGUAGUUGCAGGCAACAAAGGCAUGUAUCUUGACUCCCAGUACUAAGAACGGAUAAUGUUAUUUAUGUGAAUUGAAAAGAG